AUGGGGCGCGGCGCGCCGGCCGUCCUGGCCGUGUGGAUGCUGUUCCUCAGCCUGGCUCAGGCCAACUUCGCCCCCCACUUCUUCGACAACGGGGCGGGCAGCACCAACGGAAACAUGGCCCUGUUCAGCCUCCCGGAGGACACCCCGGUGGGCUCUCAUGUGUACACCCUGAAUGGAACAGACCCCGAGGGAGACCCUGUCUCCUACCACAUCAGCUUUAACCCCAGCACUAGAAGCGUCUUUUCAGUUGACCCCAACUUGGGAAACAUCACCCUGAUUGAAGAGCUGGACAGGGAGAGGGAAGAUGAGAUUGAAGCCAUUAUCAGCAUUUCCGAUGGGCUGAACCUGGUGGCAGAAAAAGUCACGAUCCUAGUUACUGAUGCCAAUGAUGAGGCGCCCAGGUUUAUCCAGGAGCCCUACAUUGUCCAGGUUCCUGAGGACACAGCUUCUGGGACCAGUAUCGCCAGGGUCCGCGCAGUGGACAGGGACACAGGCUCUGCGGGGAGCGUCACCUACUUCCUGAAGAAUCCGCACUCCACCAAGUUCUCCGUGGACCGCCACAGCGGUGUGCUGCGCCUCCAGGCCGGGGCCACCCUGGACUACGAGAAGGCCCGGGCCCACUUCAUCACUGUGGUUGCCAAGGAUGGCGGGGGAAAGCUGCGAGGGGCCGACGUGGUGCUCUCGGCCACCACCAUGGUCACGGUCAAUGUGGAGGAUGUGCAGGACAUGGCCCCUGUCUUCGUGGGCACGCCCUACUAUGGCUAUGUGUAUGAGGACACCCUUCCGGGCUCAGAGGUCUUGACGGUGGUUGCCAUGGAUGGAGAUCGGGGCAAACCCAACCGUGUUCUCUACAGUCUGGUGAAUGGGAGUGAUGGAGCUUUUGAAAUUAAUGAGACGUCUGGAGCGAUCUCCGUGAUGCAGAGCCCUUCCCAGCUCCGGAGAGAGGUGUAUGAGCUGCAUGUUCAGGUGACUGAGGUCAGCUCUGCAGGGACUCCAGCUGCCCAGGCCAUGGUGCCUGUCACCAUCCGGAUCGUGGACCUCAACAACCAUCCACCGACAUUCUAUGGGGAGAGUGGACCCCAGAACAGAUUUGAGCUGUCCAUGUACGAGCACCCACCCCAGGGGGAGAUCCUUCGGGGCCUCAAGAUCACCGUCAAUGACUCAGACCAGGGAGCCAAUGCCAAAUUCAACCUGAGGCUAGUGGGACCCGGGGGCAUCUUCCGAGUGGUCCCGCAGACAGUCCUGAAUGAAGCCCAAGUCACGAUCAUUGUGGAGAACUCCGCCGCCAUUGACUUUGAAAAGUCCAAAGUGUUGACCUUCAAGCUCCUGGCCAUUGAAGUGAACACCCCAGAGAAGUUCAGCUCCACGGCAGAUGUCCUUAUCCAGCUCCUGGAUACCAAUGACAACGUCCCCAAGUUCACCUCCCACUACUACGUCGCCAGGAUCCCCGAGAAUGCCCCAGGGGGCUCCAAUGUGUUGGCUGUCACAGCCGUGGAUCCAGACACAGGUCCCUGGGGUGAAGUCAAAUACUCCAUUUAUGGAUCUGGGGCAGACCUCUUCCUGAUCCACCCAUCCUCUGGGAUCAUCUACACCCAGCCCUGGGCCAGCCUGGAUGCUGAGGCCACUGCCAGAUACAACUUCUAUGUGAAGGCGGAGGACAUGGAGGGCAGGUACAGCCUGGCCGAGGUGUUCAUCACACUGUUGGAUGUCAAUGACCACUACCCCAAGUUUGAAGAGAGCGUCCAGGAGAAGACAAUGGUGCUGGGGACCCCGGUGAAAAUUGAGGCCACAGACCAGGACGCAGAGGAGCCCAACAACCUGGUGGACUAUUCCAUCACCCAUGCGGAGCCGGCCAAUGUCUUCGACAUCAAUGCACACACAGGGGAGAUCUGGCUCAAGAACUCCAUCCGAUCCCUGGAUGCCCUGCACAACAUCACUCCCAACAGGGACAGCACGUGGUCCCUAGAGGUGCAGGCCAAGGACCGUGGCUCCCCAUCCUUCAGCACCACGGCCUUGCUCAAGAUUGAAAUCGUAGACACUGAGAUGCUGUCCCGAAGCCCCAUGGCCGCCUUCCUGAUGCAGACCAAAGACAAUCCCAUGAAGGCCGUGGGCGUGCUGGCUGGCAUCAUGGCCGUCAUCGUGGCCAUAACCGUCCUCAUCUCCACCGCCACCUUCUGGCGCAACAAGAAGUCCAACAAGGUCCAGCCGGUGCGGCGAAUUCUCCGCAAGCGGCCCAGCCCUGCACCCCGCAGCAUCCGCAUCGAGUGGCUUAAGUUCCGAAGGGCCAAGGCCACUGACAAGUUUGUGCUCAAAGAGGCUCCUCCCAACGAGAACUGCAACAACAACAGCCGCGGAAGCACACCGCCCCCCCAGGCCCCCGCUCCCCCUCCACCGCCCAGCGCGGCACCCAGCAUGGGCCAGGCCCCCUGGACGGUGCCUACCGUCUCGGGCUCGCUCGCCCCUCAGCAACCCCAACAACCAUCACCAAAACCCAGGGCCGUGGCAAAACGCAAGGCCAUGGGAAGCCCCGUCCAGUCAGCUCUGGUCUCUGAGCUCAGGCAAAAGUUCGAGAAGAAGAAUGUACAGAGCAAAGCUUACUUCUAG